AUGCAGUUCCAACUCUCUGUCCUGGCUCUCGCCGCCUUCAGCUUCAUCAACGCCUAUCCAUUCGACGAGCAAUCGCAGGCCUCCGAUAUCCUCGGACGUGCCCCCAUCGGUGUCGGCAUCGGCUACGGAGAAGAACUCCAAAGUGACAGCGUGAACCACUGGGUCGCCUGGAUUGAAGGCAGAUCCGCCUGUCCAGCAGUCCGCAUUCUCGGCUCUCUCCAAGGUAAUGCCUGCAAUCAGGUCUUCAACAUCGAUGGUCAAGACUACAAGUUCGGAGACUGUGGUUCGGACGGAAAUCCGAGGUCUUUGUUGGAUGGCAGUGGCAAUUAUUUGAGAGGAUGCAAGGGUGAUUCGGACAAGAUUCAUUGUCAUGGUAGUCAGCAUGAUAUUAAGAAGCAUGGCAAGUGUGUUUAG